GCUUCUGGAGGUUCGGGACCAUGGAUGAACAUUGAAACUUCACAAGUACGUGCAGCAGCAACGGGAGAUUUGACGGGAGAACCAAGUGCAUUUGAAACGUUUGGAUUCAAAUUUAGUAGACAAGAAAGAUUGACUGGCUUUAUUGCUUGUUUGGGUAUUGGGUUUGUGUUGUCAAUUGUUGGAACGAUUAUGCUCUUUAUCGGUCUUACGAGCGUGUUUGCUGUGCUGUAUUCGUUUGGAAUUCUCAUCUCUCUAAUAGGGACUGGAUUCUUGGUUGGUUUCUUUAGGCAAUUGAAGCUGAUGUUCAAGCCGGUUCGUAUUGUGGCAACGCUGAUCUUGAUAGGUGCUUUCGUACUAGUAUGGGUAUUCGCUUUCGUCGUCAAGAUUGCCGUCUUGGCACUAAUAUGCGUCGUCGUUCUUUAUUUGGCAUACAUGUGGUACACGCUAUCCUAUAUACCCUUCGCAAGAGACUUCGUCAAACGUAUUUUCAGCCGAUUC